AUUUCAAACUCAAACUCAACACAGCACAGUCACGUAGACAGCCUCACACACCCGCUACUACAUCAUGGAUUCCUGGAAGUUGAGGGAACCAACCGUAGACUUCCAAUUGUUCGAUGAUGGAGAGGAUGGAGAGAACGGCCUCGAUCAAACCCAGGGCGCAGGUUCACGACAUCUUCCUCGAGAUGAAGCACAAAGUGAAGGAUGCAAGACUGACCCGGAACUCACUACGUCCAGCAAUGACCUCUUCCAGGAUACGGACAGUCGAGCACAGAGACACGGGUUUGGAAAGAAUAUGAUCAUGGAUUGGCUGAACAGUGGUGAAAUCAAGAAAGUCGACAGCGAUUCUCCUACUCAAGACCAGAUUCUCCGUGAUCUGGGAGCUAUAGAGCAACGUCGCAGAGCUUCCAGCGAGGCAGCCGGACCCAUGAAUCAUGCCAGCUCACCAGAGUUGCCGAAAAGAAGUUCACCCCCAGCGGAAGCGGAGGAGGCAAAGAGGCCGCGACUGACAAGAGACAGCCACAGUUGGGACUCUCAGUACAAGUACUACAACAAGUCCAUGGCCGCUUUGAUCAUGAACACACCACCAUCCCCGUGCCCGAGCCGCCGCUACCGAACCUCCGAGCCCAAAGGCAGCGACAACACAGUACGCCGCAACCUCUUCGGCGCCAUCGGCGAGAACCGCCCACAAUCCCACCGUCGACCCAGAGAUCCCAGGCCCAUCCUCCACCCUAUCGCAAACAACCCACAGCUAACCCGUGAGUCCGCACGCAGCCCCCCUCAAAUCACCCCUUUCUCACCAAGCCGAACCUACAACCUCCCGCUCACAAAGCGUCCUUGCCAAGAGCACCUCCCCCUCGAACUCCACGCCAUGUGCAAAUCAUGCACGACCAACCUCCUCAGCGCCACGCGCAAGCAUCCCGCGUCAAACCCCCCCGGACGCCUUUCCUACCCACGCAUCAACAACGAGUGGUCGCCGUACAAGGAUAUCCCGCUGUGUCAGCAGGCUAUACUGCAGAGAUGGGCGCGGAAUAGUGGGAAUACGUGGAUCGAUGCGAUGUAUAAGUACCAUGAGGGGGCGGGGUGUGCGUUCAUCGACGUGGUCAUCAGAUAUCGGACGGAGUCUAGAUAUCAGCGGAAGUUUCCGGGGCGGGCUCUUCCGAGACCGCGCGCGAGGAAGCGCGGGCAAGAUAGAUUGGAGAAUCAAGGGAUUGGGAAGGGGGGUUUUGGGGGUCAGGAGGGAGAUGGUGGUGGGGAUAGCAUUAUGGGGGAUGGGGAGCAGGCUGCUGUAGUUGCUACGGUGGUCGAUAAGGUGGAGUCGGGAUCUGAGGAUGGGAUUCCUAAGCUUGAUGAGGAGGGUUCUAUUGAGGCAUGUGAGAAACUUGUUGAUGAUACUGGCGAUGAGUCUGAUGACGCGAUAGAUCAUAAGCUGGUUGACGGGUCUGCUUCUGCGAAGUUCAGCUUGGAACGUUAUUUCAAGACUGAAAUGAAUAACCGUGACGCUAGUAAAGUGGGUCCAGAAGGGCAAGCCGGACUAAUGGUUUUUCCCGUCAUUCUAUUUACAGCCGGUGCUGCCGCAGCCCUAGCAUCCUACUAUCUCUACAUCUCAUCAACGCCUCCGACUGGUUUACAGCGCAGCAAUGCCGUUCGCGAAAGGCACAGGCGACCGCCGGCACACCCUACCCGAGACGCACGCCAUGAACGAACAGCGCAACCUGUCUAUCCAGAGGGCGGUACCGAGGGUGUGCUCGAGCGACUCGCAAAUAUUGACCACGAUUUCGUGUAUGGGGAGGUACGACACUUUAAUACAGCUAUUCCGUUGACUCUACGGACCAUCGCUCCAUUAGAGAUACGGAAUCGGCUUACGCCCUCGGUGCUCCCCGACACCGUUCCCGAUAUUGAUUGGGACAAUGUUGUGGAUGAGGUGCACAGGGACUUUAUACACCAUUUUAUGAGGGUGGAAUUUGCCCGUCGUCCAAUCGAACUGGACGAGCUGGUAGUAAUAUUCUACUGGUUGCUGGAUCGACUUGUGAGGGCGGAACUGAUCGCGGAAUGCUUUUCUGCAUACUCUGGAGGGAUACCGGAUAUUGGAGCUCGACUACAGCAAGAGACGACUGAGCAGCCAGGCACUUCGGACCACGUCGAGGUAGUCGAGGUUCCGGAGACAGAAGCGUCGCAUCGCGUUUUCGAUGACGCCGAGGACGACGGACAAGUGCUUCAAAGAGCUGUGUACUACAUCGCAGAGGAGCGCACGAAACAAGAGGGCGUUAUCCAUAGAGGCAUUACGUGCGACCAGUGCGAUACACGACCUAUUCGAGGCAUCCGUUGGCGCUGUGCAAACUGCGCAGAUUUUGAUCUUUGCUCGUACUGCGAAGCCGACAAUCGUCAUGACAAAACGCACAUCUUCUACAAAGUCCGCAUCCCAGCCCCGUACUUGGGCUAUCCCCGACAGCCCUUCACGCCAGUAUACCCCGGCAGGCCUGAGAUGAUGCCAAACGAUAUACCACGCGAAGUCAAGAAAAAGAUGAUGAAGGAGAUUCCCAAGAUGCCAUACGAGGAGCUUGAUGGACUAUGGGACCAAUUUACUUGUCUGGCUAAUGCAGUCUGGAAAGAAGAUCCAAACGGGAUAGGAUGGGCAAUUGACCGGAAGGCCUUUGAUACGGCUUUCAUACCGCACUACUCUCUGUCGACGUCAACACCGAACCUUAUAUACGACCGUGUUUUCGCUUUCUAUGAUUCAAAUGGUGAUUCACUCAUUGGGUUCGAGGAAUUCCUACGUGCAGUGAGCUCGGUCCAUUCCCGAAGUCAAGGUGUACGUUUACGGAUCGCAUUUGACGGAUACGAUAUUGAUGGCGACGGUCUGGUGACACGUAAAGAUUUUCUACGAUUAUUCAGGGCGUAUUAUGCGAUCCAGAAGGAGAGCACGAGGGACUACAUUGCUGUUCAUACCGAAUCGCUCGGCGUUGCAGGGGCACUCGAUACUAUCAUGUCGAGCCAGCCACUUGCAUCCCACUUCAGCGAGAUUCCGAUUCCAUCAGGAAGACGCAAUAGGGCGCCACCCGACAAGAACAGAGAUCAAUUCGGUGAUCCAGUCAGUACAGAGGCCGUGGUCUCGGAAACCAAUGAGGGCGUGGAUCGAACUCAAUUUCUUGAAUACGAAGCGCUCAUAGGACAUCUUCGAGGCAGCGCUGACCGGAGUAAUCGAAGCAAUCUGCCCCUCGAGCGUUGGGAAAGGCGCGAAUUCUAUGUUGAUGUGGAAGAGGGCUAUAGUCCAGGAGCGCAUAUCCGUGGUGGCAGUCGACUAGAUGAGACGAGCAGUAUGACAGCCGCGGAUGGUACAUACACAGACGCUACCUCAAAUACUGGCGCCACUUCUGAGCCGUCCAAGGUAUCAGAUGACGGUGAGGAUUCUACUACCUCUCACGGGCAAGCAGGUGGCAUUGUUCAGGACAAAGCGAGUUCAGAUGAAGAGAAUACAAAUGAAGAAACUACAGGCGAUGGUCCGGCUGAGACCGGGACCUUUGCCAGGACGUCAAGAUCUUCUUCGAGAGUUCGCUUCCAAGAUGACGUAGAUCUGGAGACCAGAUCCAAUGCUUCCACUCAUGCGUCAACGUCUUCACGACCAGCUGGGGAGCGAUGGGGAGGCUACGAGGUUCCACGGGCGGAGAAAGACCUUGGCAGGGAGCUGCUUUACCAGAUCACCCAACAAGGCUUCAAUGAGCUUCUAGAUCCUCUUUUUAGAGAAAAGGAGGACCUUGCGAUGGAGACAUAUGCGACCCAAGAGGAGCGCAAGAAAUGGAGACAUCUUGUGGAAGAGCACAUGGGAAAACCGAUUAGUUCCUUGAACAAUGUAGCAAUCCUGGCAUGUCUACUUGGUGUGGAAAUUUUUGAACAAGACUUCCGACGCAUCCUGCAUAUUAUCACCGACAAGCAUCGCGAGGCCUACAAAGAGCUUGGCCCGGAGCGAGGCUGUUUGUCUUAUCUUGAUGAUGUACGGGAUGCUGAGCGACAGCUCCUGCAUGAUAAUGUCAAAAUCAUAGAAGAACACACCCAGGCUAUAGCUAAAGCAGACCUUGACAACGCGAUGGAGUCUCGCCAGAAAGUCAUCAAGGAGACGUGGGAAAGCAUUCGAAAAUCGCUGUUCUCGACGAAACAACUGUCGUCGCUCGAAGUCGAUGAGACUGUUCUGGAUGCCAAUAUUCUGAGUCAACCACUCGAGAACCUGCUCGCGUCAGCAGGUUAUGAGGUCGACGGGACUCUGGAUCCACUGGAAGAUGGAUAUCCACAAGAGCCGGCAGUUGACCAGGCUCAUAUUGCUGCACACAUAGCAGAUGCACGGCAGCAAGUCGAGGCCAUGACGCAGGCAUUUGAACAGGAACCACACGCCAACGCCUCUGACUAUGUAUAUAGAGAUCCUACGCUUCCUCAAUUCCGUCCAAACACAGCAGACGAUGAAGUAAGAGCAUCACCAUCCACACCAGAGGAAACGCUGAUGAGCGGCGCCAUCCAGCCUGGUUUAUCCCAGUUCUCUCGCCUUCGCCUCGGUCUCCUUCAAUCGCGUUACGCGAUUCCAGGCGAAUCUCAGUCGCCCAUCGAGGUUUCCCCAUCCAGCCCCGGUAGCUCCUCAUACGGCAGUUACUUCACCAGCUCAGCCGCCGAAGAGGCCGCGUUUCGCGCACCCCGAACCGCUAUCCCUGUCGUCGUCGACCCUCGAAGUAAUCCUCUCGAGCGUUCGGAAACGGCCGAGGAAAUGAUUCAGAUCCUGCAGUCUGCUGCGUACAUGCAGGACAGUUCGACAGUCUCUACCAAUUAUUCUCGCGAAGAUCAAGCUGCACAUCAUGCUGCGUAUAUGACCGCAGCGAGGUAUUUCCGCCCGGACCCCGAGGUUGGGGAUCGAGUGCCGCCGGCCUGGAGACUGGAUCGGCUUGUGCUGCUGGAGAAGCAUGAGAGCGAGAUGAGGCAGCGCAAUGGGGCGGGACGGAUCACGUUCGAAGAAUUCGAGGAGCUGGUGCGCAGGGACGGGGAUGUGGGCAGGCUGAGAACUUUGUGGGCUGACUUUGGUGUGUGCGGGCUAUCUAGUGCCUCCCACUUCCUCGGUCGGAGGUUCAACCUGAUCUGGUGGGAGGGCGAGGGGUUCAAGCGGUGGUGUGAGCGGUACGCGCUCGAGCGGGAGAUGGGAUGGUCGUGAAAGCGAAGCGAAGCGAAGCGAAGUGAAGCCGAGCAAAAAGCGUGCUCGGCUGAGAUUGUGAUGUGUACUGUGUAUGAUGACGAGACGACGUUAUGAUGUGUGUGCAUGCAUGCGUGGCAUAGAAGGGAGGGGGCAUUGGUGGUGCGAUUGGUGUGGCAUUUAUUGCGUCUGGAGGGGGUGGGAAAGGAGGUGUCACUGUGUAUUGAUAGC